AUGGAAUCUUGUCAUUUACCCGGAGAAAUUAUAAAUUUAGCACACCUUGAUCCUUCGCGAAAAAUAUGUUUGGGAAAUGGUAUUGAGAAACGCGGAGAUAUGUUCGUAACUUGUCAGCCAGGACUCUUACGUUGUGACGAUAACAAAACAUGGGUUUCAGUACAUAGUAAACGUUAUAUUCCAUUCAAAGGAGAUAGAGUGAUUGGUAUUGUGACGAACAAAUUGGGUGAUUUCUUCAAAGUAGAUAUUGGAUAUUCCGAUUUGGCUCUUAUUAACUUUCUCUCAUUUGAAGGUGCAACUAAACGUAAUAGACCAAACUUGAAAACUGGGGAUAUAAUUUAUGCGCAAGUAUCUGAAGCAUCUCCACAUUUGGAGCCUGAACUCACAUGUAUAGACUCGGUUUCUAGAGCUAAAGGAUUAGGCAUUCUCACUGAAGGUUUAAUGUUCAAGACACCAUUACAUUUAGCGCGUCGAAUGUUGUCCCCUAAAAACAAAUUAAUGGAAUUACUCGGGGAAGAGUUUAAGUUUGAAAUCACAGUGGGAUUGAAUGGAAGAUCCUGGUUGAAGAGUGGGAAACCGUUGGAUACUAUGACACUCAGAAGAAUCAUCUUAGCAUCUGAAUAUGUGCUGGAAGAGUCAAUCCCUAAAUUUGUUGAAGAAGAGAUACAGAAAUCCAAGAAAAAGACUGCCAAAUCCAUAUAUUUCAAUAGUUGUACAUAG